GCGGUCAAGCGGCAGCGCGGGAUGGGAUGGAGCGCCGCGCUAGGUGAGAUAGCUGGAGAAAUUGUGUUGAAGGCUUGUUAAUAUGGUAAAGCCACCUAAGUAUGCAAGCAAGUUACAGAACAGCUUUCUUCUCGAAAGUGUAAACAGAAAGGACAUUUUCUACUCUCUUUCUUAAAUGGGGCCUGCAGCUUGUCAGCUUGUGCAUUUGGGAACAGAAACCAUUUGAACAGGGACGGAAGCUGGAGAGCAGGUUGUGAGCCAUGCCUUUGGUGAAAAGGAAUAUUGAACCACGGCAUCUCUGCCGAGGAGCUCUGCCAGAGGGAAUUACCAGUGAGCUGGAAUGUGUAACAAAUAGUACCCUUGCUGCUAUCAUACGCCAGCUAAGCAGCUUAAGCAAACAUGCUGAAGACAUAUUUGGUGAAUUGUUUAAUGAGGCCAACAGCUUCUACAUCAGAGCAAAUUCCCUUCAAGACAGAAUUGAUCGCCUUGCUGUCAAAGUUACCCAGCUGGAUUCAACAGUAGAAGAGGUAUCAUUACAAGAUAUCAACAUGAAAAAAGCAUUCAAGAGCUCCACAAUUCAAGAUCAGCAGGUAGUUUCAAAGAACAGCAUUCCUAACCCAGUGGCUGAUAUUUAUAAUCAGAGUGACAAACCACCACCUCUGAAUAUUCUUUCACCUUAUAGGGAUGAUAAGAAAGAUGGAUUGAAGUUCUAUACUGAUCCUUCCUAUUUCUUUGAUCUUUGGAAAGAAAAAAUGUUACAAGAUACUGAAGAUAAGAGAAAAGAAAAGAGAAGACAAAAGGAGCAAAAGCGUAUAGAUGGCACCACCCGUGAGGUGAAAAAGGUUAGAAAAGCCAGGAACAGACGCCAGGAGUGGAAUAUGAUGGCAUAUGACAAAGAGCUUAGACCUGACAACAGGUUGUCUCAAAGUGUGUACCACGGAGCGUCUUCCGAGGGAUCACUGUCCCCAGAUACUAGGUCUCAUGCAUCUGAUGUUACAGACUAUUCUUAUCCUGCUACUCCGAAUCAUUCCCUCCAUCAGCAGAUAGCAAUGCCUUCAUAUGGAACAGGAGAUGGUCCACAGUACAUGGCAGCAUCCCAAAGCCAUGAGCAUGAAUACAGACCACCUUCCACCACUGUACGACAUGCUACUCUAAACAGACCUCAGCAACCACCUCCACCUCCACCCCAGCCUGCAGAUGGCCAACAUAGCUCAGUACCUGUGGUACCAGCAGAAUAUGGGAUGCUUCCAGCUCAGAUGGUGGAUUAUUACAAUCCUGCAGGUCCUCCCCCUCCUCCUCCUCCCCCUAUGAUUCCUUCAGCACAAACUGCAUUUGUUAGUCCCCUUCAGCUUCCCGUGCCACCUUCCCAUUCUGGACUGGUGACGGGCUCAACAUACGCAGCUACACAUCCUCCUCCUUCUAGUGGGCUUGUUGUCACUGCUCCUCCUCCUCCCGGCCCACCUCCUCCCCCUCCAGGCCCUCCUGCUGCAGGUUCAUCCCUCUCUUCCUCCCCAAUGCAUGCUCCCCCAGCUACAGAGGCAAAACGCCACGAACCCGCGCAGCCGCCAAUAAGCGACGCACGGAGCGAUCUUCUUGCUGCCAUUCGGAUGGGAAUCCAGCUGAAGAAGGUGCAGGAGCAACGUGAGCAAGAAGCGAAGCGGGAACCCGUUGGAAACGAUGUGGCAACCAUCCUCUCAAGACGCAUUGCGGUGGAAUACAGCGACUCCGACGACGAUUCGGAGUUUGAUGAGAACGACUGGUCGGAUUGAGGCCGGAGCCAGCUCGGUGCCAAGCCAGGGCUUGGCUCCAGCGGUUACUUUCUUAGCACGCUGUAAAGCAGGGCGUUGACACGCAUUACGGCUAGCGAUCAAAGUGCUAAAAUUGAAUUGGUGUUAUUCAGAAUGCCGUAGCUUAGCAACUCUGGUAACAAUGAUGUGACGAUGCUUCAUGCAGCACAGAAACUUGUCUUACUUUCAGUAUUUACUGCAUAAUACUCAAGUGCCACUAAAUGUAGCAAAUCACGUGCUGCGUGCAAAAUAUGCUGCAGUUGUUGCACUGUUACAGAACCAGCAUUUUAAGUUUAUUUUCCUGAUCUGGAAGGGGUCAAGAAAAAAAUAAUAUGGUUGUUUAUUUGUUUGUUUUUAAUUGACUUUACAUCUUACUCUUUUAAUGAUGUAAGCAGCUUAGGUACUUGUGAAUUGGUCUGGUUGUUAGUCUUUGAGGGCAGACUGAAACGUUGAGUUCCCUAAAUAUGACUUCUAGGUUUUUUGAUUAGUUACUAAUUAUGUCCACCCUAGUCUAUUUAUAAUCACUUCUGGGCUUAGGUGUUUG